GGGUGUCUCGGGAACCAGCUGGAAGCGAAGCUAGACAAGCCGGACGUGGUGAAUUGGAUGUGCUACCGCAAAACAGAGGACUAUUUCACUAUCUGGCUCAACCUCAACACCUUCCUGCCAGUGGGAGUUGACUGCUGGAUCGAUAACACCAGGGUCGUGUACAAUCGAACCUCUCGGAAAAUGUCCAAUGCCCCGGGGGUGCAUAUCCGUGUGCCCGGCUUCGGCAAGACCUAUUCCGUGGAAUACCUGGAUCAGAGCAAGCUGGCAGGUUACCUGCACACCCUUGUGCAGAACCUGGUAAACAACGGCUACGUGAGGGACCAUACGGUUCGGGCAGCCCCCUACGACUGGAGGGUCGGACCCCAGGAGCAGCCCGAAUACUUCCAGAACCUGAAGGCACUCAUCGAGGAGAUGCACGAUGAGUACCAACGACGCGUCUUCCUCAUCGCACACAGCAUGGGCAACCUGAACGUUCUCUACUUCCUGCUCCAGCAGACACAAGCCUGGAAAGAUCAGUACAUCGGGGGUUUCAUCUCCCUGGGUGCCCCCUGGGGAGGAUCCGUCAAGCCCCUGCGUAUCCUGGCGUCCGGUGACAACCAGGGCAUCCCACUCAUGUCCAACAUCAAGCUGCGUGAAGAGCAGCGCAUGACCACCACCAGCCCCUGGAUGUUCCCAACAAGCCUGGCCUGGCCCGAGACGCACAUUUUCAUCUCCACGCCCUCCUACAAUUACACCUACCGGGACUACCAACGCUUCUUCACCGACGUCAACUUGGAGGACGGCUGGUACAUGUGGGAGGACAUGAAGGACUUGCUGAAGGGCUUACCCCCUCCUGGGGUGGACAUCUAUUGCCUCUACGGCACAGGCUACCCCACCGUGGAGACUUACAUAUAUGACGAGCGUUUCCCUUAUGAGGACCCCGUGGACAUGAUUUACGGUGACGGGGACGACUCCGUCAACACGCGCAGUCUGGAGUUGUGCAAGCGCUGGCGCGACCAGCAAAAGCAGAAGGUGCAUGUUCAGGAGCUGCGAGGCGUCGACCACCUUAACAUGGUCUUCAGCAACCUGACGCUCAGUUCCAUCAACGAAAUCCUACUGGGGAGCCCGCAGGAGCAGGGGGAGCUGGGGCAGGUGAGAUCCAGCCCAAAGGCAGGGAAGAGGGGGAAGAUCCUACCUGGGCGCAACGUCCUUAAGGAGCCCAAGAAGAACUGA